UUUCUGAAAUGGGGCAAGGAGGGACCUCAUGUUUGUUUUGGUUUGUUACAUGAAUCUCAUUCCCUCUGGGAGCCCAGUGGGAUCAAGCAGAAUUGCUUGUUUGUUUUACAGCUGCUUUUUGCUUGUGAAUCCCUGAGCCAAUUUAGCAGUUCAUUCGAUACCUCAGCAGGCUGCAGGAGCAGCACAGCUCAGAAGCCACCUUCACACCGCUUUUCUUCCUGUAAAAACCGAAUCAAUCUUUUCAGAGAGAGCCUCCAGCUUCAGUUCUUCACCUUUGGCUGCUCCCUAUCUGGGUCAUGCCCUGCCAGCCUCCUCCGGUCCCAGCACAUGCACUGUGCAGUGGGCCAUGUGGUGCUGGCAGUAGGAUGCUACCUGUGCACAGGUGCUGGGAUGCACCCAUGGUGUCUGCCUUUACUGCAGAGGAGAGAGUAAGCUGCUUAGUAUAACAGAGCAGGAGGCAGAGGGUUGGUCAAGCAAGGGGGCCAGCAUCUUGCUCUGCCACACAGUGUGCUGUGUGUGAGCUGCUGCAAGACAGGAAUGGGCUCAAGUUGUGCCAGUGGAGGUUCAGGUUGGAUAUUAGGAGAAAUUUCUUCUCAGAAGGAGUGGUGAGGCAGUAGCACAGGCUGCCCAGGGAGGUGGUGGCAUCACCGUUCCUGGAGAUGUUCAAGAACCAUGUGGAUGUGGCACUGAGGGACGUGGUUAGUGGGCAUGUAUAAGUCUGUGGCUGACAGCCACCUUGGUGAGAUGCAGGACGUUGGUGACGUGCUCUGUUCCCCACUUCUCCCCGCCUUUUUCUCUAAGCAGAGGAAACCGCUGCCGGAGUCUGGCAGCUUCCUCCCAGCUGCUUUCAAAAUUACAGGGUGGCUGUCACCAUCAUCCUGAGUGCCUUUCGAUGCCUUCCUAGGGAAGGACUGUAGCAGAUCUUGUUCGCAUGGGGCUGGUAGAGCAUCAGGUGGCUGCCUUCCUCCUUUUCCUUCUCACGGGUGUGGGCGCUGGCCAAAGAGUAGUGACUGUCCAAAAGGGACCACUUUACCGUGUACUUGGCUCCCAUGUGACAUUGUGGUGCAAGGUGAGCGGCUACCAGGGCCCAGCAGAGCAGACCUUCCAGUGGUCCACCUACCCGCACACUGCCCCAGAGCGGGAGGUGCAGAUCGUCAGCACCGCCGACCCCUCCUUCCCCUACGCCAUCUACACCCAGCGGGUGCGCGCCCAGGAGAUCUACGUGGAGCGGGUGCAGGGGGACGCGGUGCUGCUGCACAUCACGGAGCUGCAGGACCGAGAUGCUGGGGAGUACGAGUGCCACACGCCCAACACCGACGAGAGGUACUUUGGGAGCUACAGUGCCAAGACAAACCUGACAGUAAUUGCAGAUACCCUCUCAGUUUCCAUGGGACCCAAGAACCUCACCCAUGCUGAGGGAGAUGCCAUGGAGCUCACCUGCCUGGUGUCCAGGUCCACCGCCCAGCACACACACCUCUCUGUUGGCUGGUACUGCCUCCGGGGAGAGCACCGGGCUGAGAUCCUCACCCUCUCCAAGGACUUUGUCGUGAUGCCAGGACCCGCUUAUGCACAGAGGUUUUUGGCAGGGAAUGUGCGGUUGGACAAGGUUGGGAGCACCUCGUACAAACUCUCCAUUGUGGCGGUGGAGCCCUCUGACCAGGGGCAGCUGUACUGUGAGGCAGCCGAGUGGAUCGAGGAUCCUGACGGGACGUGGAAGGACAUUUCCCGCAAACAGUCAGAGAGGACAUCGCUGGUGGUCACUCCCCAGGACCAAGAUCUCUGUGUGAAUAUCGCUGCCACCAAGAACGACCUUUCUGAAGGGGACACCCUGUGGCUCAGUUGCACGCUGGAAGCCCAGAGGAGUGACAGCAGACACUUCCAGGUGGCUUGGGUCCUCAACAGCACAGAAGUGGCCAGGAUUGACCCCCAUGGGUUGCUGAUUUGGAAAAAGGAAUAUGAGGAAAGAGCCAGACUGGGGCAGCUCCAAGCAUUCAAACAGAGCAAAGCAAUUUACAUUCUCACUAUCCGUGAGGUGGGGCUGGAGGACAGUGGGGCCUACCACUGCUCUGUUUUAGAGGUGAAGGCUCCUGGGAGUCUCCAGAGCAUCCAAACCAACCUGUCAUCAGUUCUCAGAAUCAGUGUGAAGCCUAUUGGUCUUGGACUACGUGCCACGCUGAGAAGCCGAACAGCCACCGUUAGUUACACACAGAGCUUUGAGCUUAUCUGCCACGUGAGCGCCAGCCGCCCAGUUGAGGAGUUGCUGCUGUCCGUGGGGUGGCUCUUCCAGCCCAAACCACCCACCGAUGGCUACCAAGAGUUAGUGCGUGUCCUUCCUGAUGGCACCGUGUCCUGGGGACCAGCACAGCCCCGCUUCCAGGGCAGAGCUCAGCUGAUGAAGGCAGGUGCCUUCUCCCGGCUGCACAUCCACAGUGCGAUGGCUGGCCAUGCAGGAACGUACCAGUGUGAAGUGGGAGUCUGGAGGACGCUUCAGGGGCAGCGCGCUGUCUCCUUCAUCUCCAACCCUGUGGGGAUAAAGGUUGUCCCACCAGAAAGCCUGCUGCAGGUGGCUACGAGGGAGACCUCCGUGGAGGUGGCUGGCGGUGCUGAUGCAAGCAUGGAGUGCAGAAUGGAGUUCCCCCUGAACAACUCUCAGCUGGCUAUCAGCUGGUACUACAUACCUCCUCCUCCAGCAGAUGCCACCCCCAUGCAGAUCUUACGGGCCAGCCACACUGGCCUGCUAGAGUAUGGGGCUGGGUUCAGCUCCCCAACGCAGAAGUCCCGGUUCCUGAGCCAAAGAGUGUCCAGCCAUGUGUUCCAGCUGCGGAUUCUCUCAGCCAGCCCUGGGGACCAGGGCCAGUACUGCUGUGCGGUGGAGGAAUGGCGCUGGCUGGAGGGUGGCUGGUACAGCCUCGGAGAGCGGUGGUCGGGGAGAACCAGGCUGCUGCUCCGGCUGCCUGAGAGUGAGCUGCACCUGGAGAAGGCCAACAGCAGCAUCUUGGCCAGGCAUGGCCAGGAGGUGACGCUGGGCUGCCUGCUGAAAAGCACACUCCCGCCUGCCGCCCGCCUCUCGGCCACCUGGUUUCAUGGGAAGGAAGAUGGUCACGAGAGGCCCCUGCUCACCCUGAACCACGAUGGUGCCAUUGAAUUCCUGCAGGAGGGGCAGGUGGGGAGGCUGCAGCUGCGGCGGCCCACUGCUGGUGAUCUGAGCUUGACACUGGGCAGCGUGCAAGAGGACGAUGCCGGGACGUAUCACUGCCGGGUGGAGGAAUGGCAGCAGAGAGGCAACAAGGAUAAGUGGGAGCUGCAGACCUGGGCGCUCUCAGGGUACACCCAGCUCACCACCACCCCACCAGAGAUAACAGUUGCGUCUAGGAUCUGUUCAUCUCCAUCAUUGCUGAACUUUAUCCUAUGCUUACCUCUGGUUCUGAUCCUUCUCCUGGCCCUUGCUGGCUUCUGCUGGUGCUUCAUCUCCAGGAAAAGAAAAAAGGGCACCAUGAGAGGAAACCAGCUGGUGGAACUGCAAGGGGCUGAGGAGAUCAAGCAAACUUAGCUGGUCCGUAAUGGGUGAUGUAACUUGAAGAAAAGGAACUGGAUGUUUGAGAGGACCAAGUACUUGAAGAGGGGUGGCUUGUUGUUUUGCUGUAGCUUUUGCAAUGAAUACUUGAAAAUGUGUGUUUACUUUCAGUGAAACAAAACAGCUCUGAGUUACUGAGCAAAUAAGGUUUUCAAAAUGGAUGUUCCUCUCUCUUAGAUUUGGAACCCACUCACAUGUUCACUGUUGUGGCUGCUUGUGGUGUUUGAGGUGCUUGUGGUAUGCAUGUCCACUGCUGCUGUGUGGAAGUGGUAUUCUUUUCAGGUGUAAGGGGAAAACUGGUUUUGCCCUGGAAUACAAAAGUAUUAAACUGCUGCUCAUUUUAAGGCAAUUUGACAAAAUCUGUGCAGUGCACAGCUAAAAAUCCUUGGCAGCACUGCAAAUGGAGUGCUGGCAUAUCAUUUAAGGCACUGCACUUGCCUUUCCCAUCCCUUGCUGGAGGAGAAUUCGGACACUGUUACCCUCUGGUUCUGGGAGACCCCUUGUCCAGAGAACAUCUCCAAAAGGAAAUGGGUCUUCAUCACAAAACCCACUGCAGGAGGUUGAGAACUGAGCAAGGCUGGCCAUAGAAUCACAGAAUCAUUUGAGCUGGAAGGGACCCUUACAGGCAAUGCAACCCAGCUCUCAAUGAACAGGGACACCUAUAACUAGAUCAGGUUGCUCACAGCUCCAUCCAGGGCUGAGGGGUGAGCCCUGAAGGAAGUCCAUAGACUACUUGGGAAGCUCUUGCUUCUCUGUUCAGCCACUUCAACCUUUUCCUGCAAGUGGUAUUUUUUUCUCCACCUCUUACAACUUCUCUGCUGUUUGUCUGAGUCAUAUCUUGAUAAUGUUUCACCAGUAUCAUGCUCUCUCUCAGUAUUUUCCUUCAGAUGGUUUCCAUUGCUUGCUCAUAAGAGUAUCUUGGGAAUGUAUUUCAGAGGCCUUGCUAAAGUCAGGAACGUGUGCUGCCUGCUGCUUACCCCUAUAGAGAGCAAGAAGGUCUCCCCUGAGUCUCCUCCUUCGUACUGAGCAAUCAAGUUCCCUUGGCCACUUCUCAUAAGACUUGUGCUCCAGGUGCUCACAACUCCGUUGCCUUUCUCUGGACAUGCUCCAGGGCCUCCAUGUCUUUCUUGUAGUGAGGGGCCCAGAACCAAACAAAUGAUCUGUCCUUGUUUAAACAACAAAAACAUUUCUGUUUUUUGAAUUCUUCUAAGUGCCCUGAGUGCUUUUUUUUUUUUUUUUGCCUUUGCAUGCCUGUGAGGACUGCAAGUUAGGAAGAUGUGGGUUUCAUUUUCUGCUUUGUAUUUUCUUGUUGCUCAGUGUCUCACACCACAACCAUGCGGCUUCACAGCCUGCUCUUCACAUGUCUUAGUGUGAACCUGAUCAAGAUGAGCCUUCUGCUGAAAAAUCUACCUUGUUGGGAUCAUUAUCGCUCGGUGGUGUCAUAGAGGAACCCCCAUGUUGCUGCUGUGGCUGAGUGGGUUGGUCUGUAUAAGCUGUGUGAGUCCUUGGGGUGGCUGUGCUGGACUUGCUGAGUCCGUGCUGCCCCUGGCUUGGCCGCCACAUUGUUCUAUGGAAGUGACUGCUGGCAUCUAACUGCUGUGUAAGGAGCUGCAGACUCAGCUGUAACGUGAGAUCGUGCAUCUGGUGGAGUGAGGGAAGAAGGUGGGCAGGGAGGGGGAGAUUUCUCCAGCCAUAGGACACUCCUUUCUUUUUCUGCCCCCUUUUUUUUUUCUCAGCCAGAGGCCAAAGUAGCAGUUUUCCAUUCACACAGGUUGAGAGGUUUUAACGUAGUUUUGAGAAAUGUGCCUGGAGCCCUGAUGAAAGGGUCUGUAAGAAGAAUGCAUGUGUGUGUUUGCGGUGGGGGUUUUUUCUUUUUCUUUUUUUUUUCUUUUUUUUUUUCCUUCUGGUUUUGCUGGGGUGCUGCCAAACCUUUUGGCUAUGUUUUUUAAGACGUAUUUUUUUCCACAAGAGGCCUUAGAGUUGUAACUUAUCCCAGUUAAAACUGCAGAACGAUCCUGUUUUCAGAGAGAACGUUUCAUUUGGCUGAGGCAAGCGGAGGAGAAGGAGAGAAAGGAGCAUGGGGUGGGUCAGGAGUACAAUAGUGGGUGGUAGAAAAGUCUGUGGUCCUUCAGGUCUUGUAUGUAUCUUGACAGGGCGACAAGGCAACAAAGAGUUGGGCCCAAGAGGAAUGAAUUAGCUGUGAAAAACUUGUGAGGGUUACAGAAACACAGAGCUGCACUGUGCUGGAAGCUUUGAGGGGUCUGAAGUUGCUCUCCCUGCGCCAUCAGAAAUCAGUCCCAGGCUGCUUCUAUGCUGUUCUCCAACAGGGUAAGGAAGGUCUCGUGCAACUUUGCUGCUUGGCAGACCUUCCUCUGCAGAAGAUGGAUGGUGUGAGGAGUCAGGUGGGAACACAUUGCACUGCGUUGCCUUCCUGGAAUGCUUUUCUGGCUCUGCCUUUGGGGAGGAGCGAGGCCAAUGCUUGAUGACCACACAGGGAGUUUGUGCAGUAUGCAGUGGCACAAAGGGUUGCCCGACUGACUCUCUUGAAGAUUGGUCUCCUGAGGGCCUUUUGCUGCAAGACUGUGAGGAAGGAGGCUGGGUGGUUAGGUGGGUGCUGUGCAGGUGGCAAAUGGCUUGCAGGCAAGGAGAUGCUUUGCAUCCUCUUGCAGAUGAUGGCUCAGAAUUUCCUAUAGUGCUCCGCUCUCUGUUAGAAGAGAACAAUGGAGCAAUGUGCUGCCCUGGUGCUUCCAGGGCAAGGCUGUUGAGGAAGUUUUCCCAACUUUCCAGAAGUGCUUCCAGGCAAACAACUUCCACUUCUUUUGGUAUGCCCGCUCUGAAGCAGUGUGCCUUCAUUCCUUCCUGUUAACUCUGAUUUGCUUUAGAAAUUUGAUAUUGUUUUCUUCCUGUGAUAAAGUAUUUUAUAACUGGAAAUAAAAGAUGCUUUAGUCUCACUUUAUGCCAUUCUGCAUUCAAACUGGGUCCUUGCAGCCCCUGCCUGUUUCACAUGUCCUUCAGCCCUGGCCUUUGGCAUCUAAUGCAGAGCAGAAUCACUCCUGGGGCUCUAACCCUUCCUUAACUGCUGAGAAAUCACUGUGCUGCAUCUGCCUGCUGCCAGCACUCAGCCCUUUGCCUCUGCUUCCCCGCCUCCCCCUUCUCUUCUUCCAGCAGAUAGGGGAUGGCAGUCCUGUUGCACAGGGCAGGAAAAGGCAAUCAUUGCUCUCCAGCAGUGCUUUCUAAGGCAGAAGCAGUGCAAAGAGUGGGGCUCGAGGAGGAUGUGGGAGAGGCAAUGCAAGCAGGCAGGAGGAACUGGCCCCAUGUCUCUUCAGGCAAAAAGGGGCUGCUUGUAGUGCUGUGGGGUAAGCAAUAUUGAUAUCAUCCACCUGUUUUUUAAGAAUAUGUACAUAGUUUAGAACAAAUGCAAGCCUAUUUCCCCAGCAGGUUGUAUUGAGAAAUGCAAACAGGAAAGCAGAGUCCAGGUUACUUCUGCAACCCAGACAAGAAACAGAAUACUGCAAGCAGCAAUUUUGAGCAUGUUCUUUGGAGGUAUCUUGCUUUUCAUUCAUUACGUCUUUUCCUGUAGGUUUCUAAAUGUAGCUAUGUGCUUAUAAAUGAUGCUGAGCCUGGAUAUUUGGUAAAGGGAGAGAGAGGAGGAGCUGCCCCUCACCAUCCCUGGAGCCAGUCCUCACGUGGCUGCCCCAGACCCUUCCUUGGAGAACACUGAUGAUGAAGCACUGUGGGGUGGCUGUGAAGCAAGAGGUGAGCUGGUGUUCAGCCUCAUGCCUGCUGUCUCUCCUCGUUGUAGGGCUGGGAGAGCAUUCAUUGCUUGGACUUCCAACCAAGUGUGAAAAUUCACAGGUCAGGGGGUGGAAAAAAGGCUGCUAUUAGUGUUAUUUUAAGCGCGAGGGAAUGAAUUGGUGAGUGCUGGGAGCAGUAUGGAAAAGCAAGAGAGGCAGUGCCUCCUUGCAGCCCCUUCAUGGGGCAGUGAUGCUGAGGAGAGGAUCGCUGCCCGAUUUGAAAGAGAAUGGAGCCAUGACCAAUCACUGUGAAAUGUGGCAAUAAUGGCUUGCGCAGUGGCCGUGGGAUAAAAGGCAGGGACAGUCUGAACUGUAAAGAUGUUUCAUUUCCCUGGUAAUGAGGGAGACACACUGUGGCAAUGGAACCAGAGAGAGAGAGAGGCCGUGAGAUGCUAAUUUCUGCUCCUGCUGCCGCUGCCGCUUUGAUCUGAAGCAAAUGCCCGUUUUAAAUUGCAAACGGAUGCAAGUCAGAUAUCAUCCAGCCACUGGCUUACAGGCUUAAUGAAGUGGGACGUACGCCUUGGCCUGAUAAUGCUCGGAGAGGCAGGCAUCUCAGAAAGGAAUUACUGAGGGUCUGAGGAAAUGGGAGGAGGGCUGGGGAUGUCAUGGGGGAAAUCACCACCAGGGGCAUAAAGCCUCCUGCUUGGUGUUCUUGGCAAACUGGCUGAGUCCAUCAUCCUCUAUGCCAAAGAAAAGAUCUGAGUGUGCUGCCCUGCUGUUAUGUGUCUUAUGUUUCAAGGCAUCUUGAACAGGUCACCGAGGUUAUGGUGCUCUUUGAUCUCAGAAUGGGCAUCAAUUUGAUGCUCACUAGAUAAGCACCAAACUUACGAAAGAGAAACCAGCUCAUUUUGUGCUAUCGUUUGGGCACUUAAUUGGACUUUAGAAAGACAAUGUUGAGACUCUAUUGAUAAGGCUGCUCUGGGUCUGCCCAGAGGCCCUGGGGAACAAGUUCACCAUGCCAGCAGUGAUCUGGGAGCAUGGUAGCUCACACUGGACAACGCUGUUCUUGAGUCUCAUGCGAAGAUCUACCUGUUUUGAAGGAUUAAUGUUGAAAGGGAUAGAAUCACAAAAUUCUUAAAAAGACUGCUCGGAUCACCCAGUCCAACCACCAACCCACCCCACCAUGCUCACUCUCAGUGCCACAUCCACAUAGUUCUUGAACACCUCCAGGGACGGUGACUGCACCACCUCCCUGGGCAGCCUGUGCCAGUGCACUGCCACUCUUUCUGAGAAGAAAUGUUUCCUGAUAUUCAACCUGAACCUCCCCUGGUGUAACAUGAGGACGUUCCCUCUCAUCCUAUCGCUGGUUAGAUAUUUAUUACACUUUUCAUUAAGGCAACGCGCUUGGGUCCUACUGUCAAGCCAGAGUUUGUUGUGUACCUGAAGUACCUCCCUGCACAAGAGCAAUGGGAUACAGAAAAAGCUAACUGGAGGUAAAUAGUAUCAUCAUCCAGGCAUUUUUAUAUUCUUAUUCUACAUUUUCUACAUUUACAUUGCAGCUUUGCAUAUUACUGCAGAAGAUGCAAAAAGAAGCAUGCACCUCCUCACACCCUCUCUUCCUCUCCUACUACCCCACAAGGCUUUUGUUUCUGAAAAUGCUUUCAGAUGACUUCCCCAUUGGUAGAGUAAAUCACUUUAAUCUGAAGAAUGCAAGGCAAGAUGAAGUUUUUAGAUUAUGCUUUAUUUUCCUAUGGCAUUUUUCGUUUACGGACAUCAUGCCAUCACAAUGCAUAGUUAAGAAUUUUCUCUGCCUGACAAACGAGGGAGCUUUGAUGCAGCAGUUUGCUAUGAAACAGUGAGGAGAGAAAAAAUAAAUCAGAAGUCUCCUCUAGAGAAGGAGACAGGAAGAAAAGCUGACUCCAAUACUGAGAAUUAAAGGGAAAAAUCUCUGCUGGACCCAAAAUAAGUCUCCAUAGAAACAGCUUUUUCUGAAAAUGAAUUACUGCGGUAUGAAAUGAAGAUUGUGAAUCUAGUUCUGCAAAAUAUUUAAGCAUGUUCUUUGCUUAUCCCUAUUCAGCUCAGGAUGCAAGCAUGUGAUUUCCAUGGGUGCUUAUGUGCUUUAUUUGAUUGAGGUAGGAAUACGAACAAGCACUGUUGAAUGGAGAUCUGGACUUUCUUGUGCUUCCUCACGACUGACCAACUUACAACUUAUUUUUUAAUGCAAACACAAAUUGCUUGGCUGCUAAAAUUACAGACAGCAGCACAUAGAACACAGUACCUCAUUUUUGGAGUUCAGCACAAGGUUCCAGUAGAUUCUUCUCAUUAACGGGGAGUGGAGUCAACAGAGUGUUUACAUUGCUGGGUACUUUACUGUUCUGUUAAUUAACUCUUGUUGCAUUUGCAUGCAGAUUUAAAUUUAUAUGGGAUAUUUAUUCUGUAAAUUAACAACAUGGUGAUUAUCGUAUAAUUAACUUGAGAGUCAAUGGCAUGAGAGGUUGAGAUUUAUUCCUAAUCUAUCUUUUGUGCACCUCUAUUUAUGGUCUAAGGACAUUUUUAAGAUGGGAUAGGUUCUUAAUAUCUUGCAUGCUAAUUUACUUUUAUUGUGAAAGUGUGCUAGCAAACAAUUGUUUUUAGUUUAA